ACACAGAGACAAUUAAAAAAAUUAUCGAUUAUUCAAUAUGUCGGAACUUGUAAAAGACGGAAAUAUAAACGAUUUUAUGGAACGGUUCAGAGAUCACAAAUUUUAUUCCAUAAGUAAAUACCAAAACUGGUUCGAUGAAUUACCAAUCAAACAACAUCAAUACAGAACACAUGACAGUCAUGCAGCGGGUUAUUCAAAAUAAAAUAUACGUAUGCAGCUAAAGUAUGAGAUGGUAUUGGAAAGAUGCCAGUGUAAUGGGUUCUCAAAAUCAGGAAACCACAGAGCAUAUGUGACUGGGUGUAAUGCAGUCCAUAAACUUAAAGUAAGUCCUGACGGCACCUACUUGUAUUUCGACCAGAAGUAUUGGAAUUGGGAACACAAUCACAUCAAAACAUACGAUGUUUUACAACAAGAACACCGUGCUCGCGUUAAAAGUCAAAGAAGUAUGAAGACUGUAAAAGAUCAGCCACCAAAGAAAAAGUUGAAAACUGUCCAACAAGGAUGUGAUACAGAAAUGUUUCACAAAAAUCGCCGAAGUCGGGACGUUGCAACCCAAACACUUGCUUCAAAUAUAAACGAUGACUACGAAAUCCUUUUCACUCGUCGUGGAAACCAAUGUGCUAAAAAACCAGCAGCACAAGGUUGUCGAUGCGAUAAAAUUUCGAGAGAAAAACGAGCCAAUUUAAAAAAGGAGACAACACAAGUAUCUGGCGUCCUUGUUAAAAAUCCUUUUUCAUUGAAACGUCAACAACGUGUUAAACUUUUAAAUGAUGUAUUUGAUGUUACUAAUACAAAAAAUCGUGAUGGUCAAUCGAAACCUGUUGGAGACAAUAAAAAACCUGAUAAUGAUUCAAAAAUUGAUGAUUCUGAUGCUGAUAAGUUGGAACCAGUUAAAAAUGAUGAAAAAAUUGAUAAUAAUGGUGAACUUGUUGUUGCUAAUAGUGCUUAUCGGAAAUACCAUAAAAAAGUUUAUGUUCCGGCUAAGCGUAUAACUCGCUCAUCCACCAAAAAUCAAGUUAUUUAA